AUGGGAUCAAUUUGUUAAUCACAUUCUUGUUCAAUUGAAUACACAACUUAAUUAAGUACAAGUGUUAAUUUUCUUAAACCAAUAAUUGAUUAACAUUUAGAAGAUGAAAUAAUGGAGGAAUCCUUAUCACCUCUUACUGACUUUGAAAAAGAGUUUACUACAACUAAAUCUAUAAUACCUAAAUCUCCAGAUGUUUUAUAAAGAUCACCUCUUAAUUCUUAGACUCCUAAUGAUUCAAUUGUGAUUUAGAAGUUCCAUAUUACUUCUGAUGAUUUUGUGAAGUUUCGAUUUCAAAACUAUGCUGAUUCCUAUUUAAUAGAACGAUCUCUAGGAUCAGGUAGCUAUGGAGAAGUAUUCAUUGUAAGAAAUAAAUAAACUAGUAACAUUUACUAAAUAUAUUUAGAUUAAUUAAGAGCUAUGAAACAAAUUAAAAAAUAAUAAAGUUCUUUAAGUAAGAAAUCUUUAAGAGAAAUGGAAAUCUUAUCAAAAUUAGAUCAUCCUUUUAUUGUCAAAGCUAUUGAAGUAUUUUAAGAUGAAUAAAGUUAUAAUAUGAUUAUUGAGUACAUUUUAUUAACUUAUUAGGUUACUUUAAGGUACUGACAUCUAAGAAGAUAUUUAAAACAAUUCAAAAUUCACAGAAGAUAAAGCAGCCAAUAUUGGUUAUCAAUUAUUAUUGGCUAUAAGUUACAUCCAUAAUUAAGAUGUUGUUCAUAGAGAUAUUAAACCUGAGAACAUUCUUUAUCAAUACAAUAAUGGCAAUACACUAAUCAAACUUAUUGAUUUUGGAAUUUCAACUGAAAUUAAAAAAAAUAGAAAACUCAGUUCACAAUUAGGAUCUGUAAAAUAAUCUAAAAUCUAUUUAAGAUGUAUUUUAUGGCUCCUGAAAUUUUCAGUAAAGACUAUGGAAAAUAAAUUGAUAUUUGGGCUUGUGGUGUAACAUUGUUCUAUAUGAUUCAUAAAAGAUAUCCCUUUAUGGGAAGAACCAAUCAAGAAAUGAAAAAUGCUAUCAAAAGUGGAAAACUCUCAUUCGAUAAAUCUAUUAGUCUAGAAUUAUAAGCUCUACUUAAUAAAAUGUUAUAGGUUAAUCCUAAUAAAAGAAUUACUGCUUAAUAAGCAUUAUAAGAAGAUUGGUUCAUUAAACAUAAAUUUAUUAGUUAAAUCAAUCAAUAAUUGAUAUUUAAAUUAAUAAAUUAUCAUUCUACAACUCUAUUUGAAGAACUUAUAUUCUCUCUAAUUACCUAUUAUUGUUAAAAUUGUGAUGAUCAUGGAUAAGCAAUUUAAACUUUUUUAUUUCUAGAUUCUGAUCAAGAUGGUUUGAUAUCCAAAUAAGAAUUCAAAAAAUCAUUAAAUCAACUCGAAAUCAAUUAUUCUUCAUAAUUAAUUGAUGACCUCUAUACAACCCUUAAUAAACAUUCAGAUGAUACACUCACUUUUAAAGGUAUUUCAAUUCAAUAAAUUAAAGAAUUCUUAGCUGCUUCAGUAGCCAGAGAUAAGAUUUAAACUAAAAAAUGUCAGAAGAUUUGUUUUUAAUUGAUCGAUUAUGAUCAAGAUGGUAAAAUAUCAGAAUAAGAUUUCUGUCAUCUUAUGGGUAAGAAUCACUCCAAUCUUUGGCAUGUCCUUAAUCCCUCUGAUAAUUUAUAUAUAACAGAAGAAGAAUUCUAUUACAUGUUUAAAUCGUGA